UUUUUAUGAGCAAAAUGCAAUUUAGAAUAGCGCAAAAUGUAUGGAAAAACAUUAAUGGCAGCGGACAAUAUUUACAUCGGAAUUUUUUCCAAUUGAACAAGCGCGACAAGGGCAAAUGGGAAUUAAUUAGGAGGGCCGGCAAAGUUUCGGAUGAACGGAUUGUGCCUGAGCAUAUACAGAAACCACCAUACUAUUUGAAGCAUAUGGCAGCAGGCAACACAUUGGGAACACCCGAGAUAAAAAAUGUGGAACAAUUGGAGCACAUGAGGUCCAGUGGAAAAUUGGCAGCACAGAUACUCCGUGAAUGUGGCAAUAUGGCUAAAAUAGGAAUAACCACUGAUGAAAUAGACGACUUUGCACACAGUCGUAUCCUUUCCCACAAUGCAUAUCCAUCGCCACUGCGAUAUGCUGGAUUUCCAAAAUCGGUGUGCACUUCUAUAAACAAUGUAGCCUGCCACGGGAUUCCCGAUGAUCGCCAGUUGGUUGAUGGCGACAUUAUCAACAUUGAUGUCACCGUUUAUCAGAAUGGCUUUCAUGGCGAUUGCUCCGAGACUUUUCUCAUUGGUGACGUUGACGAGCGUGGACGCUUCCUGGUAGACUCAACACGCGAAUGCUUAAAGAACUGUAUAGCCCUCUGUGGUCCCGGUGUGCCGUUCAACAAGAUCGGCAAAUUCAUUCAGAGAUUUUGCCAUGAGCAUAAGCUUGAAUCAGUUGCAGCAUUUAUUGGCCAUGGCAUUGGAAGCUAUUUUCACGGUCCGCCCGAGAUAUAUCAUUACGAUAAUGAUGAUCCAGGUGAAAUGCAAGCAGGCAUGACAUUUACCAUCGAGCCCAUAUUGUCCCUAGGUGGUGGUGAUAUAGGACUUUUAGAAGACGGCUGGACGGCAGUUAGUAUGGAUGAUUCGCGCAGUGCACAAUUCGAGCAUACCAUUUUAAUUACAGAGACUGGCGUUGAAAUACUCACAAAUGCCGAUUAAUUAAUGUACACAUAAAUGUUGAAUUUUAUUGCAGAGUUGAGUGAAGCGAAUAUUGACAUAGAAUUGUUAAUAAAUACUUAUGCCGGCUUGCAUGAAAA